UCCCGUUGAAGCAAUAGACGGGGCGGGUUUUCGGUAUAUUGCGGGGGUCUGGGACGCAUCCCCGUUAAAUAGGGGUGGGAAAACUGAGGCCGGCCGAGGAGGGAGCGGCGUUGGGCGGCAGCUCAGUCACCUUGUGAACUCUGCUGAAAGAGCAACCCCUGUGCACCAUCGGCACCACGCACAGAUCGCGCGACGAGAGAAUUAAAGAAAAACGCAAAUUUGUCAUUCCGAAGUUUUAUCAUAUAUCGGCUCAAUUUUCGGAUUGUCCGCCUCAUCAACCAGCCUAGAGAUGAGGGAGGGCCGGAGGAGCUAAGAGAGAUGUGAAAUAUUCUAGAUAUGUGGGGAUACACAACAUUGGUGCUCGCCAGCGCGCACCUCGCGCUCGGAUUCUCUUGCGUUUGUUCCCCGAGUGAAUGCGAACCCCUGGCAGAAGACGAUUGCCCACCAGGGGUCGGUACUGUCUGGGACCCCUGCGGCUGCUGUAGGGUCUGCGCUAGAACGGAAAACGAGCCUUGCGGCGGCCCCUACGGCUUCUACGGCACUUGCGGUUCAGGUCUGGAAUGUGUCGUCUCUGACGUCAUGUCUGAAGGUGUCGAAGGGACAUGCAAAAGGGUUCCCGGAACGGACGUACAUUGUAAUUCGCCGGAAAACGUAUCCGGCUGCAAUGUCAUAUCGGGCACGUGUCGCUGCGGAUCUGCGCCAGUCUGCCCCGGUGAGACCUCACCGUACACAUUCCACGAUCACAACGAGUGUUCCAUCAACUUGGAUGUGAUGAAGGAGCAUGCGAGACAGCGUGACAUUGAAGACUUAAAAAAUGGGUUACCAAUAUCACUGUGAAGUGGAUAACAAUUACAGUGAUAAGGGAUGAAAUAUGUAUGUACAAUUUUUUAUUGACAUAAUUAUGAACUCUAAAAAAUAAUCAGGAACUGUUUUGCCAACAAGAUGAUUUUUACAAAAUUAUUCA